UAUCCCUUCAUUAACAAUAAUGGCCAUUUCCAGUUCUGCAGACUGGUCUUUGGCUUCAACUACCAACUGCUGCAGAAGAAGAACCUACCACCUUCUUCAUACUCUCGUACCCACUUCUCAAUUCGCUUCCUUUUCCUCUGUUCCUCACUCCAAUCCUCGAUUCUUCACUGUUAGGUUCUCAGGCUCGCCCACUCCGAUCUUGGAAGAAGAAGCAUGUCAACCCCAUGCUCCUGUAAUCCAAUUCGAUGUGAAAUUUUCAGAUGAUGUGUCGCAGUACUCAAAGCCUUCUGGUGCUGAGAAUCUGAAUGAGUUCGUUUGUGGGUUAUUUGAAGAUCCUCAAACGGAGGAACUUGGGUAUGAAUACUAUCAAAGAUUGAAAGAGAGGCCUGAGUUUAGACCAGAGGAAUCAACUUUAGAGCAUGUGAUCAGGUAUUUGCUGAGAUUUAGGAAAUGGGGCUCCAUUUUAUCUGUUUCAGAAGACCUGAAGAUUUAUUCUGUGUUGCCUGAUGUAGCUACAUGUUCUAUAUUGAUUAGUAAAUGCAUAAGAUCUAGGAAGUUCAGGAUUGCCGAGGCAUUUCUUGAUGUUUUCCAGGAUUCUCAAAGUACUGAAGUUGCUGUUUCAGCUUUUGAUUCCGCCUUGAGAAGCUACAAUAAGCUUCAUAUGUAUAGGAGCAGUGUUUUAGUCUUUGAACGCAUGAUAUCCACCAAGUUAACUGUUGCAGAUUAUUCCAGAUGCUAUCUACACGCUAUGGAGGCUUACAUGAAACUUGGUGAUAGUGACAAAGUGGUCCAGUUGUUUCAAGAACUUGGAAGUGAACGAUCAUUGAUUACUUCAAAAAGAUAUUGGUCUGUGAUAUAUGGCAUUUUAUGUGAGUCAUUAGGCCAAUCAAGACGAGCAUUCGAAGCUCUAAAGUACUUCAGGGACAUGAAUAAAAGAGGGGUUAUUAAUGAUUCUAUAUAUUCUACAUUAAUAUGCUCCUUUGCAAGUUUGCGUAAGGUGGAUGUAGCAGAGGAGCUUCUUAGAGAAGCAAAGAGGAAAACAAGGAUAAAGGAUCCAGAGGUGUACUUCAAACUUGUGUUGAUGUACGUUGACGAAGGUUUAAUGGAGAAGACUCUUGAAGUAGUUAAAACAAUGGAAAAUGCAGGUAUCAAGGUUACUGACUGCAUACUAUGUGCUAUUAUAAAUGGCUUCAGCAAGAGGAGAGGAUUUAGAGCUGCUAUCAGUGUUUAUGAGCAAUUAGUUUCAAAAGGUCAUGAACCAGGACAGGUCACCUAUGCAUCAAUCAUAAAUGCUUAUUGUCGUAUUGGCCAAUACACUGAAGCAGAGAAGGUGUUCUCAGAGAUGGAACAAAAGGGCUAUGAUAAAUGUGUUGUGGCCUAUUCAAGCAUGGUUGUGAUGUAUGGAAGAACAGGAAAGCUAAGAGAAGCCAUGAGGCUUGUGGCUAAGAUGAAAGAAAGAGGGUGCAAUCCCAACGUGUGGAUUUACAAUUCUUUGAUAGACAUGCACGGGAGGGUAAAGGACUUGAGGCAGGUUGAGAAGCUAUGGAACGAAAUGAAGCGAAGGAAAGUCGCGCCGGAUAAGGUUACCUACACGAGCAUCAUUGUAGCGUAUAGCAAGGCAAGAGAGUUUGAAAAAUGCAUCAAGUUUUUCAAGGAGUACAGAAUGAAUGGUGGAGAGAUUGAUAGGGCUAUGGCAGGCAUGAUGGUGAUGGUGUUCUCAAAGGUUGGACAAGUUGAUGAACUAGUAAGACUAUUAAGGGACAUGAAGAUGGAAGGAACAGGAUUGGAUGAGAGGUUGUAUCAGUCUUCUUUGAAUGCUUUAACUGAAGCCGGAAUGCAAGUUCAUGCCAGGUGGUUGCAAGAGAGCUUCAAAGUAGCAUGAGGUAUGAUCUCCUCUGAUUUAAGGAUCCAGUGUGGAGAAAGAUAGAAAGAAUAGUGAGACCCACCUCUCAAGUAGGUCUGUGUGUGUGGUGUGGGGGGGAAUAGGCCUUUCAGUCACUAGAAGAUAUCUGUCAAAAGUGAAGCUAGAAACACUAGAAAUGCUCUGGUAUGUGUAUAUAACAAUGUGUACCUUUCGUGUGAAAUGGGGCUUCCAAAUAAAUCAAUGUGUUUGGAAGAUAGCUCUUGUAAUUUUAAUGUAAGUAAGGAGCAAGGACUAGUGAAGCAUGAAUCGUUAGGGUUUUCUUGGUGUUGCUUAAUGUAUCUAACUAUCUAUCAUGUCUAAGCUUCUUGUCUUGGUUGUUGUAUGUAUAUACAUACAUAGGAAAUUUGGGGAUUUUGGUUAAAUAUUAUUUCAACUUUUUUUCUUGGUUAGAUUUGUGUUUUAGUGCUUAUAA